CACCCCGGAUUACACUAGGGUCCCCUCCCCCAUUUGGAUUGCACUAGGGCCUCCUCCCCCACCCCUUCUGAUUCUGAAGCCAGUGCAGAAGUCUGGUGACAGCUCAGAGGGAGAGAGGAGGGGAGAGACCAGAACAUUCAUGCCCCUGUUUCCCUUCCUGCGAGGUCCUCCCAGGUUGGUUUCAUAAUUGGACCGAAGUCAUUGCUGCUCUCAAGGCAGCUGGUCCUUCCAAACUCUCUCUUUCCAGGCUCUGGCAACAUCUCCCAGACGUUAUCCCUUUCCUUCAAGGAGAGCUGACAGUGCCUAUAUCGCUAGCUCUUCCUGGCUUCCUGAAGUAGCCCGUGAUCCCCCUGAGUCCUGCUAACACUUUUGUGAUUAGUCCCUUUGCACAAGAACCUCUUAGAGGGGACUCUCUGUUCAUCCAUCUGUCUGUCUCUCAAAAUGUAUUUAAAAUUCUAAUUUGAGGGGCCAGUGCUGUGGCACAGUGGAUUAAAGCCCUGGCCUGAAGUGCCGGCAUCCCAUAUGGGCACCAGUUCAAGUCCCAGCUGCUCCACUUCCGAUCCAGUCUCUGCUAUGGCCUGGGAAAGCAGCGGAAGAUGGCCCAAGUGCUUGGAGCCCUGCACCCGGGUGGGAGACCUGGAGGAAGCUCCUGGCUUUAGAUCAGCUCAGCUCUGGCUGUUGUGGCCAUUUGGGAAAUGAACCAGUGGAUGGAAGAUCUCUCUCUCUCUCUCUGGUUCUACCUCUCUCUGUAACUCUUUCAAAUAAAUAAAAUAAAUCUUUAAAAAAUCUAAUUUGAAUGUGCUUUUCCCUAUAAAGAUCCUAACUAAAGCACUGGUGAAUUAGAAAGUUUCUUUUUAAACUAUCUAGUAUUCAGCAUCUUUGCUAACCAUUCUUCAAUUUUAAAAGUCUGUUUCCAAGCAGUGGAAGAUGGCCAAGGGCUUGGGCCCCUGCAACCCUCAUGGGAGACGCAGAAGAAGCUCCUGGUUCCUGGCUUCGGAUUGGCUUCGCUCUGGCUGUUGCAGCCAUUUGGGGAGUGAACCAGUAGAUGGAUGACCUUUCUCUGUCUCUCCUUCUCUCUGUCUAUAACUCUACCUCUUAAGUAAGUAAAUAAAAUCUUUUUUCUAAAAAAAAAGGUCUGUUUCCAGAAAUUCUUGGGACCCUAAUGUAACCAGGGCGUCUUACAAAUGGUGACCCUGGGGCUUCUCCUUUAAAGUCCACAUAAUGUUCAUUUCUGAGCCUUUUCUUUCUUUCUCAUUCUCCUUGCUGAGGAUUCCAUCGUAAUGUUGAACAGAAAUAGAGGUGUCUCAUUUCCAGCUUUAGAUGGAAUGCAGUAGAUGGUUCUUACAUUUCUUGUAGAGUUGGGUAGACAGCCUCUCCCUGUGGAGAGCAACCGAGACUGGACUAAAUUACUGGAAUUGCUAAGACGAAUUCUAUGCAUCUGAUCUCCCACAACCUGGAGCUGAGAGAGAGUAAACAACUUCUACACAGCUGCCUCACCAAUUCGACUGAUAAGCUGCAGGAGCUGAUCCUGCUCCUGAUUGGAGGAGAGCAGUGUGCUCGGCGUGUGGGCAGCAGAGUUGGGAUUGGUGGAAGAGGACUAUAAAGGAGGAGAGAGACAACAUGCACCAGGAACAUCUAAAGGGAACAUCUGUGCAGCCCCCGAGAGAGCCGGCCGGCGGUGUGCCGCUCCUCUGCGGAAGCGGGGAAAGCGGUGGGGGUGCCGCCGCCCCUCCAUGGAGGCGGGGGGGUGGGGGGUGCGGCAGCUAACCCAGGACGGCGUCGUUCCUCCGCGAGUGAGGGAACGGCAGCUAACCUGGGAAGGGCCGGGCAAAGAGAACAGCGCAGGGUCCAGUGUCGUUCCUCCGCGAGAGGGGGAGUGACAUCUCCCAAGUCAAGGAGUUUGUCUUCUGAGCAGAUCGUGGUUCGCUGCAUUGCUGGCGAUGGUCACCUCCUGCCCUCCCUCAGACCCUGCACGUCAGGGUCCACGCCCAGGGGACCUUCCCUCCCUGUGCCUGCUUGGAAGGGCGGGAGCAGAGCUGGCCGGUGCUCCCAGCUGCACCUGGGCUCUUGGUCUCUUCCAGGCAGAACAGGACGUCCACAGGGCAAUGUUUUCAUGUUUUAUUAUUCUUACACAGCAUCUGCUUUUUCAAAAUUCCUGAUUUACUUCUCGUUUCUGUUAAGAGUAAGGAGAGGGAGCAGUCAAGGGGGUGAUGAGGAGAAGACCCCAUUUGUAAUUUGCAACAAUCCUCCGAAGCAGGUAUUAGGAUGCUUGUAAAGAAACUGGAGCUCGGACUGGUGGUCCCCAGCAUCUCCCACUACUGUGGCAGAGAGGGAUCCCAAAUCCCUGGCGCCAGAACUCGUGCUUAGGAUGCUACUUCCUUCCUCGUGGUGGAGAAGUGAACCCUGGCCCCAUUUCACCACUAGCAUUCUUCCCCUUCCCCCUGACCCUCGGAGCCCUCAUCCCACCCUGACAUUCAGUUCCCCAGCCGUUCUGCAGAUUGGAAGCGCUGGGACCCUCUGACCCUGCUUCUGGAUCCCUUCGGGUCCCUGCUGCUUGGAGCUGCGAUGGGCAGGCGUGUGCUGCUGCCUGGUCUGCUCCUGUGUCUUCCUCCGGCUGCAGGCUGGACGGCUUCUAACUGCCUAGUGACCGAAGGCUCCCGGCUGCCUCUGCUGUCUCGCUACUUCAUAAGCUUCCGGCUGUACUCUAGCCUGCCCCUCCUUGCCACAUGCUUCUCGGUGACCAACCUGACCCAGGCCUUGGAGGCUGUGCCGCAGAGGGUGCAGGGGCUCUGUCUCUCUGGUACUAUUUCUGUUCUGCCCCAGGAUGCCUUCUCCAACUUUCUGGGACUCAAGGUCCUGGAACUGAAUCUCCGUCUCAGCCGGCUCCUGCCAGGAGCUCUGCGGGGCCUGGAACAGCUGCAGUAUCUCUGUUUCACGGCUCCCCCAAUGAAAAAGACGCCACUCUUCCUACCCCCUGAUGCCUUUAGCGGCCUCAGUGCCCUCCAACACCUCAGAUUCUCGGGCCCCUGCCUGGACGAAAGCUUGGGUGUCCGACUGCCUCCUGCGCUACGGCAGCUGUCUGUCACACACGGUUGCCUUCAGGAUAUGGGGACGCUGGCCAACAUCUUCCCAGAUCUGGUGCAAGGCGCUUCCUCUAAGGAUGCCUGGACCCUGGACAGGCUGGAUCUGUCCUUCAACGCGAAGCUGCAGAAUAUCAGUUCUGGGGCUCUCCAGGGCCUGAGACUGGGGACCCUGCGUCUGGACCGCACCAAGAUAAAAGCAGCUGCAGUGCUGGGACUGGGGUUGCAGAGUCUGGACACGCUGUUCGCGUCAUCCUCUGACACGGUGGCACUGCCUGCCGAGCUGGUUGCCUCCUUGGAGCUGCAGCAGCUGCAUUUGAGGGGCAAUCGGAUAAAGCGCAUAGCGCCGGAGGCCUUGGCUUCCUGCCACAGCCUGAAGACCUUGGAUCUUGGAAACACUGGCCUGACGGAGCUGCCACCAAGUUUCCUGGCCACCAUGCCCAGGCUUCAGAGACUGAAUCUGGCCCAAAACCAGCUGCAGGCUGUCAUGCUGUGUGCAAACGAGACAGGGCCUGUGUCAGGCCUGUGGGCCCUGGACAUGUCCGGCAAUGGAUUGCGCAUCCUGCCUCCAGCCACCUUCUCCUGCCUGCCACAGCUACAGGAGCUGGAACUUCAGAUAAACCAGCUGACUCACCUAGAGGGCCAGAUGUUCCAAGGCCUACAGAGGCUAAUGACCUUGAACUUGCACAGCAAUCCUUUGGUAUCCCUGGGUGAGGGCUGGCUGGCUCCUCUGCGUGCUCUGACCAGUCUGAACCUGCUCAACACCCAUGUGGAGCUGAGCUCAGCCGGGGCCUUCUGGGGAGCAGAGAGUCUGCAAGACUUGAAGCUGCAGCUCCCCCGUGGCCCUCCUGGGGUGGCGUUGUCCCUGCCCACCAGGCUGACCAGCCUGGAGCUGCACGCUGUCCCAGGCAGGAAGCCCUGGGAACUGGCUUCUAAUGUCUUUCCAGUGUUGCAGACAAUGACUUUAAAAGACUGGGGCCUGCAGCUGGGGCCCCAGAAUAUCUCCAAAAUCCUCCCCGCUCUUCGCCAGCUCUUUCUGAUUGGCCGGAGCUUGGAGGCCCUCUGCUCCCAGGACGACUCUAGCUUCUUCCUGUGGCAGCUCCCCACGCUGCAGUCCCUGAAGGUCCAGGCGCUGGGACACAUCUCCAGACCCUGCCGCAUCACGGGGCUGCCCAGCCUCCAGGAGCUGAAGCUGGAGUCCUUGAAGUCCAGAGCCCAGCCCCGGCCCCUGCAGCUGGCAGAGCUGGUGGGGGAGCUGCCCCGGCUGGAGGUGCUGCAGCUGUACCACACAGGGCUGCAGACCCUGUCCGCUGCUGCGUUCCGGGGCCUCGGCAGUCUCCAGGUCUUGGUGCUGAUGGAGGAGGACAACCUGGUGCUGGACGACAGCCUCCAGGACCACAGUCCCCGGAUGCCCCAGUACAUGUACAUUCUCUCUUCGUCCUUGGCCUGUCUCUGCGCCAAUGCCUGGGUGGCACCCUGGCUGGAGAGGUCCCCUAGAACCUACUGGCACAUCAGAGCGUACCAGAUGUGCCCGGCAGAAGCUGAGGGCCGUCCCAAGAGCCCUCUCUUCCCCUUUCUCCAGAGCCACUGCUUCCAGACCUUGGAGCUGGCGCUUUUUGUGGGCUCCUAUUGCCUGCUGCUUCUGUUGAUCGCCUUGCCCCUCCUCCAGGAAGCCCGCAACUCUUGGGUCCUUUAUCUCCAGGCCUGGCUCAGGGCUUGGCUCCAGGGUCUGUGGGGUCAGAGGGGCGAGGGCAGGAGAUUCCUCUACGAUGUGUUCGUGUCCCACUGCAGCGAAGACCAGGGCUGGGUGGUGCAGGAGCUGCUGCCUAUUCUGGAGGGCUGUCCUCCAGCUGGCCGCGGACUGCGCCUCUGCCUCCCCGAGAGGGACUUUGAGCCGGGCAAAGACGUGGUUGACAAUGUGGCCGACAGCAUGGCGGGCAGCCGGGUGACCCUGUGCGUGAUGAGUCACCGGGCCCUGCACACGGCCCGCUGCCGCCUGGAGCUCCGCCUGGCCACCUCCCUGGUGUUGGCUGCCCCUCGGCCCCCCGUGCUGCUGCUGAUCUUCCUGGAGCGCAUCUCCCGCCACCAGCUGCCCCGCUACCACAGACUGGCCUGGCUGCUCCGCAGGGGCGACUACUGCCUGUGGCCCGAGGAAGAGGAAAAAAAGGAGGGCUUUUGGGCUUGGCUGGGGUGCAGGCUGCGGCAGUCUGGGUUAGGGUAGGGUGGGUGCUUGUGUGCUGGGGGCUGGGCUUAGGAAAAGCAAAGCAGCCUGGCAGGGAGCCAGCGGGUAUGUGUGCCGGGGCGGGAGACGGAACCCAGCUUCCUGUAGGAGGUGGGGGGCACUGCCUGUGUGGGGAGGGUCACUUGUGAGGAGCACAGGCUCUGGAGGCCGGAUGGGAGGAUCCGGGAGCUGGGAGCUGGCAGGUGGCCAUGCAGCAUGCGACACAUUCCGACAACCUCCAAACCCUCAGUAAAUUUACUAAAUCCACAAAAUGCUUGGCUUGCUGGAACUUUAUUAUGAUGAUGACGAUGACGUUUUGAACGGAAGGCAGAAGGUGAAGGGGCAGCAGCCACAAACUGCAGCCCAGAGGAAAUGAGCCUGGGAAUGCACGGGGCAGGGUGGGGGAAGGGGCUCUGAGCCGCCCGAGACUGUGCGAUGGGGUCCAGGCCAAGUCCGACCAGAUCUUCAAGGGACAAGAGGGCCCCCUCUGCCAUCUGGGUUAGAGAGGGAUUGGCAGCCGAGCACUGCAAAGCUGGGAUGCUGCCCAGGAGGCAGUAGAUUGCCUGCUCCCGCGGUAAAAACACGAGGGGGCG